CCAAGUUUACAAGUCAUUUGCGGCUUUGUUCCAGAACCGAAAUGCUCAAGACUGAAUUUAUUAAACUUAUUGUCUUUUUGGGCACUUUAAUAAUUUUCUGCUUUGGAUAUGGAAAAGCCAUUCAAAGGAAAUCCUAUGCCGCUUCCUCAGUAGAGCUGUUGCAGCUCCUGGAAGUUGAAGAUAAGCUGGUCGAAAACCUUAAUGACUAUGUGAAGAAACUAAAGAGAAAACUCAACUUAUUGGACAAGUCCCUAUUAAUUAUGAAAGCUGAGCAGAACCAGAUGAGGGAUGACUAUGAAGCGUACUUAGGAAAUCCUUUGAACAGCUUUCGGCUGAUACAUCGUCUACAUUCGGAUUGGAGCAAAUGGCAUCAUUAUGCAUCGAAAAUUAAUAAGGAUGAGUUAGGACACAUUGAAAAGGCCAAUCAGAUGCGCAAGAGGCUACCCACCGCUCAUGAUUUGGAACAAUCGUGUCGGGGUAUUGAUGGCCUAAUCUCUUUUUACGGUCUAAGGCCGGAAGAUCUGGCAGCUGGUAAUCUAGCAGGAUACCCAAAUCCAGAAACAGCACUGUCAGCGCAGGAUUGCUUUGCAUUGGGAGAGUUCUCCCUAAGGAAUAGGAAAGAAGACCGGGCGGAAAUCUGGUUCAACCUCACCUUGGCCCAAUUUAGUAAGGACAAUCUUCUAUACAAGGUCAACAGAUUCAGCAGGUUCACCGUCCACAAUACGUGGGCUGCUCUUUUGGUGAAGAACCAAGCUCUUUCUGAUGAUUAUCAAUUUGAAAAACUACCAAAAGAAUCGGAGAAAAACCAACUUUAUCAAUGGAUUAAUGAGGAGAUAUUGACUAAGCGGAACUGCCGUGCAAUCUUCCGCCAACAAAGCCGGCUCCACUGCCGCUACAACAGCUCCACGACUCCCUUCACGCGAAUCGCCCCUCUGAAAAUGGAGGAGCUGAGCAGCGAUCCUUACAUGGUGAUUUAUCACGAUGUGAUCUACGACCGCGAAAUCAAUUGGCUGCUGGACACUGCCAAACUCUCUCUAUCCCUAGUGGAUGCGGGUACCAUGUCAGAAUUUCGAGCCUCGAAGGACGCGAACAUCAUAUUGUCGCAAGGAAAAGUAGUAAGGACACUUGACGAACGGGUAACCGACAUGACUGGGCUCAGCAUGGAACUGAGCGACGAGUUCUCGCUAAUCAACUACGGAUUGGGUGGUCAUUAUGUGCUUCACACCGACUACCACAAUUACUAUAAUCAGGUUCGAUAUAUUGAUACUGGGAAGCUCAUUACUCAUUUUGUUAAACCUUUGCAGACGCGAUGGGCAAGGGGGGAUCGCUUAGCCACACUAUUGUUUUACCUGGGAGAUGUAGACUCUGGUGGGGCCACGAUCUUUCCCAUGAUCAACGUAUCCGUUACGCCCAAGAGGGGAUCGGCCGUCUUCUGGCACAACCUUCACAACUCCGGCGAUAUGAAUAUUAAGGCGACGCACUCGGGUUGUCCCGUGAUAGUUGGUUCCAAAUACGUCCUUACCAAGUGGAUAAACGAGCUGCCGCAAGUGUUUUUAACUCCAUGUAUGAAAAGGUGAAACCAUAUUCCGACUGAAAGUAUUACAAUAUAGACAGCUGAACGUAACACUUAAAAAA